GAAGUGUACUAACUCUCUCCUUUACUCAACAGCUUUCUAGGGUUUAUUCUCUAUAAAUACUCUUUCUCCCUUUGCCGUUGUUCAUACGCUUUCUCUUUUGUAGAUCUGAGUUGUGUUUUCCACCGACACUUCGUUCUUCAGCUAGCAAUUAUGGUUCCACCGAUCGAAACUGCAGUCAAGGCCUCAGUGCCCCACAAGUUAUCCAUUCCACCUCUUAACGAAAGAAUACUUUCUUCCAUGACACGGAGAUCAGUUGCAGCUCAUCCUUGGCAUGAUCUCGAGAUAGGACCUGAUGCCCCAAAGAUUUUUAAUGUGGUGGUUGAGAUCAGUAAGGGGAGCAAGGUGAAGUAUGAACUUGACAAAAAAACUGGACUGAUCAAGGUUGACCGUGUUCUUUACUCAUCAGUUGUAUACCCCCACAACUACGGGUUCAUCCCUCGUACACUCUGUGAGGACAGUGACCCUCUGGAUGUCUUAGUCAUCAUGCAGGAACCUAUUCUUCCUGGUUGCUUUCUUAGGGCCAAAGCAAUUGGUCUUAUGCCCAUGAUUGAUCAGGGAGAAAAGGAUGACAAGAUAAUUGCUGUAUGUGCUGAUGAUCCCGAGUAUAAGCACUACACUGAUAUCAAUGAGUUGCCACCCCAUCGUUUGGCUGAGAUCCGUCGCUUCUUUGAGGAUUACAAGAAAAAUGAGAACAAGGAAGUUGCUGUUAAUGACUUUCUUCCAGCCGCCAAAGCCUUCGAAGCAGUCGAGCAUUCCCAGGAUCUAUAUGCGGACUACAUCGUGGAGAGCCUGAGGAGAUGAUAGUCUUUUCAUCUUCCUCAAGUCGUGAAUGCUGGUCGAUAUUACAUUUUUCACACUAAUAUACCAUAUAAUAGGACUGCUCUAAUAUUUUGUCUACCUGUACUGCAAAGCACAGUUAUACGAUGUUGCAUGUGCAUAUUACAUGCUAUAUACAAUACGCUUGUAUUAUCUACUGCGUGGGAAAUUAAUUCCAUACAGUACAAGAUGAUGACGAAAAGGAAACUUCAUGUUUCCCCUUGUCAAAUUUUGUAAGAUUUGAACUAUCUCAAUUGUCCGGUUUAUGAAAUGGAUUAUAUACGAA